CCAAACGAUGGGGAUGCCCAGGAGCUCUCGAAAGAGGGUGAAAAUGGAGCCGACCGAGCAGCAGCAGCAGAGGAGCUGGCUCCGACCAGGGACACGGGGGACAGCGGUGCCCUCCUGGGGUGUCUGCGGCCGGACCAGCACACGCCACGCUUGGACCACAGGGACGGUGGAGCAGACCCUCUCCCAAAGUCCUCGACUGCCUCGAUGGACAGGCAGAGGAGCACCGAGCUCUUGGCCCUUGACAGCUUCCCCCUGAAGCACUCGAACACGCUGACGAACAGGCAGCGAGGCAACGAGGUCUCAGCUCUCCCAGCCACGCUAGACACGUUGUCUAUCCACCAGCUUGCUGCCCAAGGAGAGCUGAGCCAGCUGAAAGAGCACCUUCGGAAAGGCGAGAACUUGGUAAAUAAACCUGAUGAGAGAGGUUUCACGCCACUGAUCUGGGCUGCAGCCUUUGGAGAGAUCGAAACGGUCCGUCACCUGCUGGAAUGGGGCGCCGACCCCCACGCGCUGGCGAAGGAGCGGGAGAGCGCCCUGUCCCUGGCCAGCAUGGGCGGCUACACCGACAUCGUCGUCAUGCUGCUGGAGAGGAACGUGGACAUCAACAUCUACGACUGGAACGGCGGCACUCCUCUGCUCUACGCCGUGCGCGGCAAUCACGUCAAGUGUGUCGAGGCCCUACUAGCUCGCGGCGCUGACCUGACGACAGAGGCAGAUUCUGGCUACACCCCGAUGGAUCUGGCCGUGGCCCUGGGACACAAGAAAGUCCAACAGGUUAUCGAAAAUCACAUCCUCAAGCUAUUUCAGAAAAAGGAGCUGGAGUGACGCGGUGGCUCGCGUUGCACUGCCGUGGCAGCAGCGCUUCUCCCGGCUGACGCAGGGCUCUCCUCUGGGACCAACGCGGCCUCACCCAGCCGUCCCGAAACGGGCAGCGGCACGAUGCUUCAAGCGAGGAGCACGUGGAGGAAGCCAGGAACUGCCCGCCCUCGGUGGAUUUCUGCCUCUCCCGGAGGUCGGCAUGGCCACAGUGCCUCACACCCAAGGACACUCAUUCCUCAGGGCAGCUGCAUUUCUGUCCUGUCCGGGCUCGGCUGCUUCGUGCGUUUGUGCAUUCAGGUAUUGCAUUAUUGGAAGUAAACUCUAAAGCAGC